AUGCCUAGGGAACAAUACAAACGCGACCUCUACCGUCUUGACGCCGGAGACCUAGGCCACAUCGAAGGCGUAACCGUCUCCUACCGAUCUAACAGUUCACGAACCCAAGCUCUAUCCCACUACUUCGGCGGCCUCCCCUACGCUCUUCCACCUACUGGUCCUUAUCGUUUCCGUCGCCCACGUCCACUUCCGGAUCAAUAUCGCUAUGGCACGAAAAUCAGUCCUGGUUGUUUCACCCGUUCUGCUGCUUUUUGUCCUCAACCGGUCUUUAACAACGGCAUUGACAACAGAGAUCUCUGGAGCGAGGAUUGUCUACAAUUAAAUAUCCAUAUCCCUGUUGGUGGUCCUCCGAGUCCGAAUGGAUGGCCAGUUUUCUUCUAUAUCCAUGGUGGGUUCUUGCAAUGGGGGAGUCCGAAUAUGACGCCCGAGGCGUUGGCGCCGCUUUUGAGUGAGACGGCGUUCAUGGCAAUUAUUAUCAUGCCUGCUUAUCGUGUCAAUGCAUUUGGAUUUCUUGCUGGGAUGGAGCUGCAGGAUGAGGCGAGGAGGAAUGGGGAGGUGGCGACAGGCAAUUUUGGGUUCUGGGAUCAGAGGCUUGCUUUGGAGUGGACGGCGAGCAACAUCCAUGCCUUUGGAGGCGAUGCGAAUAAUAUCACGCUUGGAGGGUAUUCCGCUGGUUCUCACGGUGCUUUUCAGCAAUUAGCUCACGAGCUAUAUUUCGUUUCGGAUGAGAAGGCGAUUAUCAAGCGAGUCAUCAUGUGGUCGAAUAGUCCUGGUGUACAGCCUAAAGGCUUGGAUGAACAGCAGAAGCAGUUCGAUGAGUACCUUCUUCGACUUGGCAUCCCUCUGACCCUGUCGGCGGAAGAGAAACUGGGACGUCUACGGUCAAUGACUAUGCAGGAACUUGUGGCUCCACAGAACAACAUGCAAUACUCCGAGUUCCGCGCAACCACAGACGGCUCUUUUAUUCCCGCCUCGAUGGUCUCGAAUAUCAACUCAGGAGACUUCGGCCGAAGGAUGAAAGCACGUGAAAUCAAGCUCAUCAACGGCGAGUGCAGGGAUGAACACAAUCUCUACCGUGCCUGGCGAACACCUGCAGGAAAUUCAUAUGAUGCCAUCUACACACGCCUCUGUGCCGACUAUCCUGAACGUGCCGUCAAGCGAUUAAUGGAUCACCACUGCUCUGGUGCGGAGAAGAAAAUACCACGGGGAAUGAAAGACUGGACAGACUUCUUCGGCCACGCAUACGCAAACAUGCAGGUCCACAGCCUUGAACGCGGCUUCAUCAACGGACUUGCAAAAGGGGGCCUUGAACCAGGCAAAGACCUCCUGCGCUACCGCUUCGACUGGCGUGCCUCGACCGUCCCAUUACCAGAGGAAUGGGGCGUUACUCACGCUUCAGACAUGGAUAUUUGGUUCUGGGGUGAAGGGCAUGGGGAGGGACUGAGAGAGGACGAGAAGGUGACGCUGAAGUGGUGGAACGAGGCUUUUGCGGGGUUUGUGAAGGGCGAGGCGGUGUUGUGGCCUUGUUGGGGUGUUAGGGAUAUGGUUAGAUUGAGGGGUGAUGGGGUGACAGAUACGUGGAAUGAUGAGAGGUGGGAGGAGGGUGUGAAGGUCUGGGAGGAGGUUAACAGUGAUAGUGGAAGUGAUAUUGGGCGGGGAGUGCUGGGUUGGAUCAAGGCUAGGAUCUGA